AGGGUUCGGUACGUGACUCGAGAUUACGACUCGGCGCGGGCUUGCACCCGACGUUCUUUUCAAUUCCGACGCGCUUCGUGGUAGCGCAGUGGCGCUUAGCCGCGGGCGCUACGACUUGGCUCUGCGGUUACGCGUCGGAAUCGGUGCGCGCGCGAGCCAACUAGUCGUGCGGCAAUCGGCGAGCGGGCGUCCCCAUAAUCGAUCCCAACAACGAGACAGCUCACCAGCUCUCGUUCUUUCCCCGCCGCGCUGAAUCACCUUAUCAGAUAGCGACGCCGCAGCAAUGUAGGCCGGGAGGCCGUUAUCGGUCUGUUUGCCGAAGAUAAGCGACGGGCGGGCGCGUACGCGCAGCGGCGGCCCGCAGAAGGCGUCCACUUGCGGCGCGACAGUCCUCGUCCGUGGAAGCGAUGGUGCUGAAGAGCCAGGGCGCCGGGGCGGCGCAGCUCGAGCGCAGAAUCGAGGUGGUGAAGUACGUGCUGCUGUGCAUUGGCGCGAUCCUGCUGAUCAUCGGCCUGGCGCUGUUCGGCCUGACCGUCUGGCUGCGCGCCGAGCCGGGCUUCCAGGAGUGGGUGGACUUCCUCGACAUCGCCGAGUUCUACAUCGGCGUCGACGUGCUCAUCUUCGCCGCGCUGCUGGUGGUCGUCGCCUCGGUCUUCGGCUGCAUCUCGGGCCUGAUGGAGAACCGGAUGGCUCUGCUCGCGAGCGUGGCUCUCCAGGGGCUGUGCUUCGUGUUCGAGCUGGCCGGGGCGGCGGUACUGCUCGACUACUCGACCUACGACAGCAAGAUCCAGCCGCUGAUCAACCGGUCGAUGACCAACCUGAUCGUCAACUCGCAGCACCAGCACGUGUCCGUGGUGCUGAGGAUGCUGCAGGAGGGGAUCGGCUGCUGCGGCGCGUCCGGGCCCAUGGACUACCUGACGCUGCUGAAGCCGCUGCCCGACGAGUGCCGCGACUCGGUCACCGGCAACGCCUUCUUCCACGGCUGCGUGGAGGAGCUCAGUUGGUUCCUCGAGGCCAGGUCCGGCUGGGUGGCCGGCCUCGCCCUGGGGCUCUGCAUGAUCCACGUCCUCCAGGCGGUUCUCGCGCUCAUCCUGGUCCACGCGCUGCAGAAGGAGGAGCAGAGCGCCACCUUCGGGCGCUAGAGGCCCGCUCGCCCUUCGCCCUUCGUCUCCGCCCCCGUCUUUUCUCGCUCGCCUCGCCCUGGCUUCCGUCCUGACGCGCAACUUCGAGGACCACCCGACGUCGGACGUGGCCGAGCGUUCGCCACUCCUCGUACGACCGCAUCGACCUGCGUCUCGUUUCUUUUGGCUGUACAAUACUGCUUGAAUAAAAUAACUUUUGUAGUCUUGAA